GAUACGCAAUUCAAUACGAGUAUUCCAGUUAGGCUAUGUACGAGUACCUACUCGUAUAGUUGCUUCUUCCACAGUUUUUUUUUUUUUCAUUUCCCAUUUGAAUUGAAAAUAACGUUGACGAAUUCAGUUUGAUAAAAACAUGCCUUAGAGUAGGCUAUUUUUGUUUAUACAUUUUAUCGUAAUAGAGUCGUGAAAAUGAAUAGACUGAUCAAACUUGUAAAUAUAGUUUUGCUCUUUGCAAGUCUUCAUUUGCUUUCAACCGAUGCUUUGGAAUCAAAAAUUGAUAUAAAAGAGAUUGGUGACUGCAAUAAAUUCGAAUUUCAAUGCGGAAAUGGCCAAUGUAUUCGUGAUUCUUUUCUUUGCGAUGGAAUAUCGGAUUGUAAAGAUCAUUCGGAUGAGACUCGUGAGCAGUGUUUGAAUAAAAAAUGCGAUGAACAGUCCUUUCAAUGCGAUUAUGGGGCUUGUAUUCGUAAAGAAUAUCUCUGCGAUGGUUUGAAACAAUGCCAAGAUGGAUCUGACGAAAAUAAAAGAAUAUGCAGUGCUGCUGUGAAUGGAACUAAGACAAAACGAGCUGCUGAUGGCUCGUGUGCUAUACCUCCAGUCACAGCUGAUAAAACAAUCACAUACUCUUGCGACGGAAACGAUUCCACAUCAUGCAACUCGAAUGGGCUGGUUCGUGAAUUCUCUGUUGCUUUGAUGGUAUGCAACCCUGGUUACUUUGCCACAAACGAUGCUGAAUUGGAGUCCCAUUGCUACAACAGAAAAUGGAAGCCUAAUUUUCCUAAAUGUUUAAGAAUGUGCGAUAAACUAAACCCUAUAAAUGUUGAUCUGCAGUGUUACCACAGAGGCGUAAAUAUCCCUUGUGAUACGAAUACACUGUUAGCUGGUACCAUAAUUCGACCAACUUGCAUGCCAUUGCAUACGUACAGAGAUUUUGUUCCUACUUAUCACGAGAUCACCUGCCAAGAGGAUGGGAAAUGGGAUAAAAAUCUUUUUUCGUGCGUUCCUGAAUGUGGACGACCAUAUAGCAAUCCUACUGCAUUGAUUAGUGGAGGAGUUGAAGAAAAAUUUGGUGAUUCUCCUUGGCACGUUGCAGUUUAUAAUCAAGUUAAAAUUUUGAUUUGUGGAGGAACAAUUAUAAAUCCGUACUUGAUUAUAUCAGCUGCACAUUGCUUCCAAGACCAAUCCAGUAACAGAAAAGAUUCCUCAAAUUAUGAAAUAAUUGUCAGCAAAUUUACUAGAGAGUAUUCUGUUAUUGAUAACCAUAAUCAAAAAACUUUCAAGCUAAAAGAAAUCCGAUACUCCAGCAAAGGUUAUUUUGGUAUCAACAACUACUUUGCAGCCGAUAUUGCAAUCCUGAUUUUACAGGAAAAACUCACCAUAAGCCCAACAGUAUUGCCAGCUUGUGUCGACUGGGCAAGCUUAAGUGCAAACAGAUAUCCACCAGAAAAUACACCAGCCAAAGUUGUAGGAUGGGGAAAGAAUGAGCAUGGAAAGUUGAGUGAGAAACUGCAGACGGUCAAUUUACCAUACAUCAGUCGGGAAAGAUGUUUGAACACUGUUCCUGAUGAAUUCAAAGCGUUUAUAACAUUUGAUAAAUUUUGCGCUGGAUCGGAAAAUGGUCCUGGUGUACUUCAGGGAGACAGUGGAGGAGGCUUAUUAUUUAGAGAAAACAAUUUGUACUAUCUUCGUGGUGUUGUCAGCUUGAAACAACCAACAUCGACCGCUGUGGCUGCAUUUACUGAUUUGGCAGAUCAUAUAGACUGGAUUUUAGCAGUUCGAAAUGAAGUUGAACGUGAAAUGAUAAACAGAGAAUCAACUCUACCAAUAAGGCAGCCCGUUGUAGAAAAUAUCUGCAAAGAUUACGCCAAACAUGCUUGUGUGAAAGUUCAAGACUGUCCAACUGCUAAUUACCUCAUUUCCAAUAAUAAAGCAAUCGCAUGCAGUUUCAAUUCCAAUAAUGCUGUAGAAAGUAUCUGUUGUCCACUAAGAGAAGCAAAUCAGACUAGUUCAUCAACAAUGGCAACAUCAACCAGUGGUUCUUCCAGCAUCACUACAUCACAAUACACUACACCAUCUUCCUCUUCAAUGGCACCACCAUAUUAUAAGCCUUCUUCCACAAAGACACAAUACAAUACGCCUUCUACAACUAGCACAAGACCGUUUUAUUAUUAUCCACAAUCUUCAACCAGCUCAAAACCACAAUACAGCACACAAACUUCAACAUCCACAGCUGCACCAUACAAACCCCCACCUUCAACAUCCACAGCUGCACCAUAUAAACCUCCAUCUUCAACAUCCACAGCUGCACCGUAUAAACCUCCUUUCAAUUACCAAAGACCUCCACCUCAACCACAAUACAACACAACCUACACAGUGGCCACUCGGCCACCGUAUAACAUUCCUACUCAAUCUAAACCCCAAUACAAUAUGUUCUCCACAGCGACUUCCAGACCGCAAUAUACAUUUUCUACAGCAGCCACUCGACCUCAAUACAACACACCUACAGCAUCUUCAGAAGUAUCUACAGCAAAAACCCAAUCAACUCCUGAGGUAGAUUGGAAGCCACAAUAUAAUAUAUCUGCUGUACCACCAACAUUUGUAGAACAACAAUAUAACACACCACCUCCAGUACCUCUAAGACCAUUUAACAUGAAACCACAAUCUAACACACCAUCUACAGUAUCUGAAGAGCCACAAUACAACAUCCCUAAUUUUUCCACUUCAAUGGCAACAGUGAAAGAUGAAAGAGUUCCUGUGAAACUAGGAGAGUAUCCUCAUAUAGCUGUCAUUGGAUAUGGGGAUGGUCAAUACAUUGACUGGGCUUGCAAUGGGGCAUUGAUCAGUGAACGAUUUGUCAUCAGUGCUGCACAUUGUGGAAAUAGUUCAUCCGGGGUUGAACCAAAAUGGGUCAAGUUGGGAGCCAUUAACAUGUAUUCUACAGCAGAUGGAGUUGCUCCUGCAAUUUAUAGUAUUUCAAAGAGAUAUCAUAACCCAAAUUUCAAACCAACAGAUUUCUACAAAGAUGUGACUAUUUUUUUGUUGAACACUUCGGUAGUAAUUACUCCACAUGUUAAACCAGCCUGUCUUUAUAUGUCUACUCGUAAUCCAGUUGAUACCAGAGCUAGUGCUAUUGGUUGGGGAUUUGAAGAUCAAGCUGGACAACCUGAUUAUCAUUUACAAAAAUCAACGAUAACAGUAGUUGAUGAUGAAAAAUGUAGAACUGCAUAUCAAAGUGGUGCUCCUUACCUUGAUCAAGGCUAUGACUCCAACACAAUGGUGUGUGCUGGAGACUCGAAUGAACACAGUGGAUUAUGUGGGACUCUUUUAGGAAGUCCACUACAAAUUCCAACGACAAACCAUUCCUGUCCCUGGAUGAUUAUUGGAAUAAAGUCUUUUGCAGCAUCGUGUGAAAAUAAUAUGCUGAAUAAUCAACCUGCUGUGUUUUCUAAAAUAUCAUACCAUCUGUAUUGGAUCCAGAGAUUGAUCAACUGGCCUUUGGAUAUGCUGGAGAACCAAAUUGACCCAUUUUUCUUCUAAUUUAAGCAACUGAUGGGUCAAUUUGGGUCACCAAAAUAUUGCUAAUAAAUUAUGUUACAAUCCUAGUAUACUGUACAUAUGAUCUAAUUUAAUUGACAUUUGUAAUGCAUUUAAAAUCAAAUUUGAAUGUUCCUCUGUGAUAAGUAAUUUAAAUUAAAAUUCACUCAAAUAAAGUGACGAAGUAAAAUAAAUAUGCGAUAUUAUAGAAGAUGGUUAGAAGUUGAAAUUUAAAAAAAAUAGAUGGUUAAUAAACUGCCAAACUGAUAACA